AACAUAGCUUGAGUAUGCACAUAUUCUUCGCCGAAUACUAAAACAGUUAAAAAUUUUGCAACAUUUUGCGAAAAAAACGGAAAAUCAUGGAAUAUCAUGUCGUCACAGUUUUUACAGAAUCAGAACAAGUCAACUCGAUGAGACUACUUGUAACCAGUAUUACGCAAUUAGAGACGUGUCUCAAAGACAAGAUCGAAUUUCUGCAGAAAAUUUCCGACAUGGUAACUUCUUCAGAGAGCCAAGCUGACGAUGUUGCAAUUCUUCACGAAGCGGAAAACCGGCUUGACAAAAUUAGCGGGAUUUUGGCAGACUUAAAAACAAACGUUGCGAACAUGCAGUGUCAAAGGAACGAAGUGCAGUUCAAAAUCGGGUUGAAUUACGUUUAUGAUGCAUAUCACCACAAUAAAAUGGUGGCACAAGAGUUUCAGUUCCUCUUGAGAAAGUGGGAUUUGAACCGGGACGAAAGCCGAACCUCACCGAAAACAGUGGGAACAAUCACGCUGGGUUCGGUGGUUUUGGGAACGGUCAUCUACCUCGCUUUGCAACCCACUCUUCCGUUCGCGGUUCCCGCCGCCGUGCUUUUUAUGGGGUGUGGCAUGACAUCGCUGUACGCUUACAAGCCAAAUUCGAAAGGGGGAAAUGAAAGACCGGAAACUAACCAAGAUUUCCGGCAUGAGUGGGAAUCUGUGGUCAAGUCGGAUCAAGAGCUGGACCGAGUGAUCCAUGAAAUCAAAAAUGACUAAAAACAAUGAAGUUCAAAGAGUUCAAAUUAUGUAUUUGUAUACGGUUAAAUAUAAUGCUUACAAUACCAUGGUUUAACUAAAUGCCUACGGUCAUAAUAUUUUCUAGCAAUAUGACCUCACUAAUAAUUGAUGCGAUGGUGUCGGUAACGACGCUCAAAUUUCAACCGGAUGAAUUUUAAAAUUACAAAACAUCUCAUCGUAAGUCACUUAUUUGUCGGAAUUUUGGUGCUCAAAUUUUAAUUACUAAGGUGAAAAAUUCUUGAAUUUUUGCUAUUCUAUAUAUUUAAAUACUUAACGUAUUUCUAGCAUUAAAGUUAUCGAUAUUUUAAUUUACCUAAAUGACUAAA